AUGCCGACGCUGGACGACUUCAAGGCUCAAGGUAAUAAGGCGUUUGUUGAAAAGCGUUACCAGGAAGCCAUCGACCUUUACUCCAAAGCCAUUGCCUUGGAUAAGGAGAACGCUGUUCUUUACUCCAACCGAGCCCAGUGCCAUCUCAACUUGAGAGACUGGAUCAGAGCGUCGAAUGACGUAGAGGUGGGAUUGCGUUUGAACCCUGCUGAAAAGAUCAAAGUUAAGCUUCUUUACCGGAAAGGAUUGACUGCCAAGGGCUCAGGAAACGUUGUCAUGGCGAAACGUGCGUUUAACGAAGCGUUGGAAAUGGAUCCAGGUAACCAGGCUGCUGCCUCUGAACUUGACCAAUUGGAGCCGAAGAAGGCCAAGCCAGAGACAGUUGACGAAGGACCAAAAAAGGUUCCUGUGGAAGUGGUUGAUGAGUUGCCUGAAGAGUUCAAGCAGAAGAUAAGUGGAGAGCCUGUGAGGACAGUUCCUCAAACAACAUCAGCAAAUGUUGACGCUAUAGCAAAUGAACUCUUUGGGAAUAGAAAGGAGACGAAGAAGGAGACAAAGAAGGAUAGUUCUCCAGGGAAGCCAGUCUCGUUUGGUGAACUUCCAACCAUGCAUUAUUUGAAGUCACUCAGUUCAUUGAGUCCAGAAAGGAAGCAUAAGGGCUAUAAGGUUGUGCUUGAGUUGGAUAACUUCCAGCUAGACGAGAUGUUCUCGUACUCUGGGUUGGAUUCUGACUUCUUUGAAUUCUUCUUGGAGGCGUCAUCAUACUUCCUUAAACAGAAGACUGACAUUUCAGUUCAGCACAUCAUCAACAAGCUCGAGUACAUGAGAAACUUCAAGAGAUAUGACCUUGUUAUUCUGCUUACAUCUUCUUCGCUAAUUAACGACGUUGUCGACGCUGCGAAGUCUUAUGGCAACGAUUUAGUGGAUCCUGUUCAUGCCCUUCCUGCCGAAUCUAAGUACUUCAGGCUGUCUGAGCUGCUGCAACAAGUCUGGGAGUAA